AAAAUGGCAUGUUCUAAAUUUCAAUAUGUGAAGCACUUCGAGCAACCACAUGAUUUGUUGAAGAAUACAUUCAUUGUAGUCAGGAUCGAUGGGAAGGGAUUCUCAAAAUUUACUAAUGCUCAUGGAUUUGAGAAACCAAAUGAUGACAGAGGAAUUGAACUUAUGAAUUGAGCUGCUUUAUCACUGAUGAAAGCGUUUACAGAGAUCAUAAUUGGAUAUGGACAGUCUGAUGAAUAUAGUUUUGUAUUGAAAUAAAUCAGCCACAACAUACAGCAGAAGGGAGGAUAAGAUCUUGUCAACUAUGGUCUCUCAUUUCACAUCUGCAUAUAUUUUUAACUGGUGAAAGUUCUUCCCAGACCAAGAACUUGAAUACCCUCCUACUUUUGAUGCAAGGAUAAUCCUGUAUCCAACAAUUGAAAAUCUAAUGGAUUAUCUUUCGUGGAGACAGGCUGAUUGCCACGUGAACAAUCUAUACAAUACUACUUUCUGGCUUCUAGUGCAUAACAACUCAGAUGAAGAUAAGACAUCCCAAGAAAAGCAAGCUCAGGCUCAUGAAGAUCUCAAGGGAACUUUCAGUAAAGAUAAGCAUGAAAUAAUGCACAAAUUUGGAGUCAAUUACAACAAUGAGAAGGAUAUUUAUAGGAGAGGAAGUAUCUUAGUCAGACAGUGGAAUGCCACUCAGCUCAACAAACAAGCAAAGAAAGAGAAAAAGAGGAAGAGUAAAGAGGAGGAAAAGAAAGAAGAAACUAAAGAGGAAAAGCAAGAUAUUACCACUAAAAAGAAACCAGAAAUCAUCCAAGAUAAAGAAAAGAGUGUCAUUAUAGUUCACGAAGAUUUAGUGGAUAAAAUGGAAUUUUAUGAAAGACAUGAUUUAUUUGAGAAAUUAAAGUAG